UGUCCCUAAUAAUAAAGUGGAAAGAGACUAGGGAGCAGUGGAUACCAAUCAUCACACUACCACUAAGAUUCAAAGAGCCAAAGCAUAAAUUGAGUUGGGAGCCUCGUUUUCUAUCCAUGUGUAUGAUCUCUAAUCUAACUAUGGCAAGAAUGGGCUUGCACCACGCCACUGCGAGACUACCAUUCAUCUUAGUGCUAUUAUCAGUCAUGCUUAGCCAUAUGGUGGCAGAUCCAGCCAAAGACAGAGAGGAGUGUCAACAGCAGCUUGUGGGGAUGGCAACAUGUCUGCCUUACGUUGAUGGUGAAGCGACAGCACCUACACCGGACUGUUGUAAUGGUCUCAAACAAGUCCUAAAGAACAACAAGAAAUGCUUGUGUGUUAUCAUCAGAGAUCGUAAUGAUCCAGACCUGGGACUACAGAUCAAUGUAACACUCGCUUUGGGCUUGCCUUCUAUUUGCCAUGCGCCUGCUAACGUCUCCAACUGUCCCGUGAUUCUACACAUGGAUCCUAAUUCACCGGAAGCUCAAGUUUUCUAUCAACUGGGAAGGUCUUCGAAUCGAAGCACGAGCAGUCCUGCUCCUACUCCUACGGUUGGUGGGGAGACUAGUGGCCAAGAUAAGAAUGAUGGUUGCUGCAGCAGAAAAAAGAAAUGGUUUGGACAGGAUAUUUUUGCUGGACGCUUCUUAAUCUGGUGUUUCAUCAGUUCACACUUGUUCAUAUAGGCACUUGAAUUGUCGCUCUUCAAUUACUACGGCCUUUGAUUCUGCUGUUAUGUAGUUGGUUGUAUUUGUCAAUAUCCCAGCCAACAUUUAUAUGAGUUUUUCCUAGCUAGAUGGUGUCAUUUUA